GUAGCUAUUCCCCUCCUAAGGGUGGUUUUUUUGCAGCCAUGUGAAAGCGUUGCUGUGGCAGCAGUCACUGCUCACUCUGUGUCAAACUGCAGUCUAGGUGUUUUGUGUUGGUUGUUUGGUGGCAUCGCAGCAAAGAAGGGAUUUGAAGGAGGACAGUGAGGUGGAUUUGCAGAUUUUUAUGGGAAUUUCCUUGUAGGCAUGAGGAGCAGUGAGAGCGAAAGCAGGAAAGUGCUCAUUUGAAAAUAUAAGUGGUUGACUGAGAAGACUGGGCUUACUGGCAGAGCAGAGGUGGGAGUCAAGAGCUCAGUAGUGUAUGAGAAUUGAUAAAUAGCAUGUGGGGUGAUGUGCAAGCACGUUGGAGGACAGGGUUAGAAUUCAGAAUUAUUUUGACAAACUGGGAAAUUGGUCUGAAUUCCACAAGAUGAAAUUCCAUAAAGAUAAGUGCAAAGUACUAUGCUUAAGAAGGACAAAUCAGCUACAAAAUGGAUUAUAACUGGCUAAUUGGUAGUACCGCUAAAAAGGAUCUGUGAGUUGUAGUGAAAAAUCACAAACUGAAUGUGCACCAGCAAUGUGAUGCAGCUGCAGAAAAGGUUUUGCUGCCACAGCCCCUGUGAAGUCGUAUGACAUGAGAAGAGUUGAAAUAACCCCACUGGAACAGAGAAAGCUAACCUUUGAUACCCAUGCAUUGGUACGAGAGCUGGAAGUGCAUGGUUUUGGUAAAGAACAAGCAGAGACCAUUGUAUCAGCAUUAACAACUUUGUCAAAUCUCAGCCUAGACACAGUCUAUAAGGAUAUGGUGACCCAAGCUCAGCAGGUGGAAAUAACUCUGCAGCAGAUAAUGGCGCAUUUAGACUCUAUUCGGAAAGAUAUGGUCAUCCUAGAGAAAAGUGAAUUUGCAAACCUGAGAGCAGAGAAUGAGAAAAUGAAAAUUGAGUUGGAUCAAGUUAAACAGCAGCUAAUGAAUGAAACUAGUAAAAUCAGAGCUGAUAAUAAGCUGGACAUAAAUCUGGAAAGGAGCAGAGUGACAGAUAUGUUCACAGAUCAGGAAAAGAAUCUGAUGGAAGCAACUACAGAGUUUCAUAAAAAAGAUGCAAGUACCAACAGUGCUAUUGCAGAAAUCAGUAAUAAAAUUGAUACACAAAUAGCCUCCUUAAAAACUCUCAUGGAAUCAAAUAAACUGGAGACAAUACGUUAUUUGGCAGCUUCUGUUUUCACUUGCCUAGCAAUAGCACUGGGAUUUUAUAGGUUUUGGAAAUAGACCUGGUGGAACUACUGCACUACAGAUAGAGGAAGAAAAGGCCACCGACAUCAUGGAACAUCUGUUUGGUCAUACUGUGUUUGCUACUGCGGGUAUUUGUAGUGCCUUUGUUCUUGUAUUGAUAAUGUGUACUAAAAAAUAUUCUCUGUAAUAAUAAAGGUCAAAAUGGUUAGGGGCAAUAAUAGGAACCUUUCCUUAACUUCUAAUUGAUUCUUCAGUGGCCCUUUUUUCAAAAACCUCAUACAGAAGAAACAUUGAAUCUGUGUUUAUAUAAAAUCAGAACGUUUUUUGGCAUAAGAGUCAAAGAACAUGUCCUAUGAUUGAUUUUGGAAAGGUUCUGUUCUCAUGAACAUUUAUCCCACUCUCACGUCCCCGCCAAAGGAAAGUGUUUACCAUCUGAUGUGACCAAAUGCAAGGAGCUAUCCUACUCUGAGACUUCUGUGCAUCUUAAACUACUGGAGCUGCAUGUUUACGUUCCAUCCCGAUUCUCCUCUCCCCUGCCGGGUGAGAUGUAUCCCCCACCUUUAUAAAAUUGUUAAAAUAAAGCCUUUUCAAAAGGAUCCCUUUCCCAGCAUAAAGCUGAGUCUUAUGGAUUAAAAAUGACUAAAAUGCUCACCCCUUCUUUGACAGUUUCCUCCACCCAUACAGCCAAACGAUUUUUUAACUCCCUUGUCUGAGGGGAAAUGUCACAUUUAGCAAUGUGUGUGUAUAACUCCCUGAGCAAGACAAAGGUUGGCUUUUGACUCCUUUCUGUUGCUGGAGAUACAGAACUCGCCUAUAUGGUCCAUAUCCUUUACCUGAAAGCAGAAUCUGGCUUGAAAUGUGGAAAUCUUACAUUUCUUGCAUGAAACUGCUGAUGCUCCUGCCUCCAGAUCCCUCUUGAAAGCGGGCGAGCACCAUAGUCCUUGGGAAAUAAAUUGGUCCCAUUGACUGUUCUAAACCAAACUUAAAUCUUGAUCUCUUUACCUUCUGCCAAUGGCUGAUAAAUUUCAACAUUAAGACAUGACAGGAUGGGAAGAUAUUUUUGCAACAUUUAAGCAACCAAUUGUAUUUUAGUUAAGUCCUUGUCACAAGAGAUUAUUUUUCACCACAAGUGUAAUUAAGUAACAGUGCCAAUGCUUACUUCCAUUCUUUACAGGUAACUGUGUUCCUAUUGAGUAAAUUUUAACUCUGAGUAGUCUCUGUACAGGGGAGAGAGGUUUUGUAUACAGUACUGUAUAGAGGCAUUUUCAGGUGACUCUAGUUUACUGUUUACAAAUUGAAUUUGCUAGUGUCCUGUGAAUUUUAUAUUCUGUGUAUGAAAUUAUGUAUUUAAACACUCCCUUGUAGCGUAAUAAAAUUAAGUUACAUUGCUGUCCAAGAA